AAUGAAUUUUUUGAAUGUUUUAAAUUUUAUAUAAUACGUUUAGAAUAUUCAUUGAAUGAUUAUGAAAAUCAUCGAAUACCAAUGAAUAUUCAUACAUAUUGGCGUGCAAUUUGGAUAACAACAAUAUGUUGGAUUAAUAUUAUCGGUAUUAUACGUACAGUAAUUUACCCGAAUACAAUCGAAUUGAAUGCAAUCAAUGCAUUGGAAACGAAAUUUCAUCUGAAAAGAAUGAAUCUUAUCUUAUCACAUUUAAUUAUUGCUUAUUUAUUAUUAGAUUAUUUAUGGUUAAUAUUAUUUCGUAAUAUUAUCGGGUAUCGUUUUGAUGCAAAUAAAUUAUUUAUCAAAUAUAUUCAAUAUGAUGAUGAACAAUUAGAACGUAAAUAUUAUAAUUAUUUAAAAAAAUUUAUAUCCAUUGGUAAUCUUGCAUCAAAAUUAUUAAAUUUA